AAAUGGAUUUUCCUUUUUUGGUAGAUAAGGCUAGCAAAAGUUAGAAACAGUAACUAAACAAGGAGAAAAUUAACUACCGUGGGACAUGCCCCUACUUUUAUCAAACGAAAGGAGAGGGUUACAUCCUCUAGGAGCUUCAUCAAUAUAAAUCCAACCACAGGAGAGAUCUUCGGCUAAUUUAGCCAGUUUCUGCCUCUGCCACAUGGAAGAAGCAACAGAGGAAACUGCAAGCUUCCUCCAGGUCCUCCUCCUUUUCCCAUAAUCGGAAACCUGCUCGAACUUGGGGACAAGCCGCACAAGCGUUUGGCCGAGCUAGCCAACGUUUACGGCCCAGUCAUGAGUCUCCAGCUUGGCCAGGUCACCGCCAUCGUCAUCACUUCCGCUGAUAUGGCCAAAAGUGUUCUCCUAACCCAUGACCAGUUCUUCUCGAAUCGGACCGUUCCCGACGCCAUGACAGCUCUCAACCAUCAUGAAUAUAGCUUGCCCUUCCUUCCCGUUUCCCCUCGCUGGCGAGCCCUAAGGAAGAUAUGCAACAAUCAGCUAUUCGGCAACAAGGUUCUUGAUGCCAGCCAAGAUCUCAGGCGUCACAAGGUGCAGCAACUUCUCCAAGAGGUCCAUGAAAGCAGUGAGGUCGCUGAAGCUGUGGAUAUCGGGAGAGCGGCUUUCAAAACUACAAUCAAUUUGUUGUCCAAUACUUUUUUCUCUGUGGAUUUGGUUCACUCUGUUGGCACAGCCGGGGAGUUCAAGGAUACAGUGGUUAAUAUCGUGAAAGAGAUUGGAAAACCCAAUGUGGCCGAUUAUUUUCCUGUACUCAGGAAGCUUGAUCCACUGGGGGUCAGAAGUCGCACCGCUAUUCAUUUCGGCAAGAUGCUAGAUGUCUUCCACUGCUUGGUUACUCAACGCUUGAAGCUCAGAGAAGCCACCGGUUCACUCCCCAGCAACGACAUACUAGACUCCCUGCUUUCUGAUGAAGAGAACAGGCAAGAGAUGGACGGAGAGAGGAUUCAACGCUUAUCACUGGACCUAUUUGUGGCUGGGAGUGACACGACAUCAUCUACGCUAGAAUGGGGCAUGGCUGAGCUGCUCAGGAACCCAGAGGCAAUGUCAAAAGCAAAAGUAGAGCUGCAGGAAACCAUCGGUAAAGGAAAACCGGUGGAGGAAUCAGAUAUAGGUAAGCUCUCUUACUUGCAAGCAGUAGUGAAAGAGACGCUCCGAUUGCACCCUCCGGCUCCACUUUUACUUCCUAGGAAAGCUGAGAUCGACGUGGAACUGGGGGCCUAUACAAUCCCAAAGGACGCACAGGUUCUGGUUAAUGUUUGGGCUCUUGGAAGGGAUCCAAGAAUGUGGAAGAAUCCAGAGGAGUUUUCACCGGAGAGGUUCUUGGGUUCAGAAAUUGACGUCAAAGGCCGAAAUUUUGAGCUGAUUCCGUUUGGUGCCGGCCGGAGGAUCUGUCCUGGCCAAAAUUUGGCUCUGAGAAUGGUGUUCCUGGUGUUGGGUUCUCUGAUAAAUUGUUUCGAGUGGAAGCUGGAAGGUGGAAAGAAACCAGAGGAUAUGGACAUGGAUGAUAAAUUUGGACUUACCUUGCAGAAGGCUCAGCCGGUGCUGGCGGUACCGUAUAGAGCCAACGAUCUUUGUCGCUAAUCCAAAAAUAUACAGAUUUGCCUGCCUAUGCAUGUUCGGAGAUCGAAAGAUGUUAGCCACGAAAAAGGAAUCUUUAUCAACUGUAUUUGGAGUUGGAGAUAUCUUAUAAGACAACCUAUGAAUACGGCGUUUGGAGAUGGAUUCGGUUCGUUGGAGAGAGUCCUUGUGUUACAUGGCGUCUAUAUACUAAAUUAUGUAAAAAAUCACUUGAGUCCAAUAUUAUUUAUAAAAUAUCACCGUUGAACUCA